AUGACUGAAUCUUUCCCUUCAAGCCUUGCGGGGCUCACAUCAAAGGAGCGUAAAUACGACCGCCAGCUGCGAUUAUGGGCCGCCAGUGGUCAGAAAGCUCUUGAAAACUCCAAAAUUCUCUUGAUUAACUCAGACGGCCCUCUGGAUAACGAAUAUCCUGCUGUUCCUGGAGCCGUGGGCGUCGAGACGCUCAAGAACCUCGUGCUGCCUGGAGUUGGGGGCUUCACCAUCGUUGAUCCAGCCAUAGUUACUGAGUCGGACCUGGGGGUAAACUUUUUCCUAGAUGAGGGGAGUCUAGGGAAAUCGAGGGCAAAGGAGACAUGCAAAUUUCUCCUGGAGCUGAACCCAGAUGUCGAGGGAGACUCCUUGGAUAAGCCGAUUGAAGAGCUUCUAAAGGAAGAAAACUUUCUAAAACAAUAUUCACUCAUAGUAAUCACAGCGCCAAUGAGACGUUCUAUGCUCAAAACCAUUUCUGCUGCCGCCAGACAACGCGUGAUUCCCCUAAUCUAUACCCACUCGGUUGGCUUCUACUCUGGUUUUUCACUCCAACUUCCAACCGUAUAUCCCAUCGUCGAAACACACCCAGAUCCAAACUCCGUCCAGGAUCUACGUUUAACCAACCCUUUCCCCGAAUUAGUAGCAGCCACGGCAAAGAUAGCUGAUUUAGAUAGCCUCGAUGAUCACGACCACGGCCAUGUACCGUAUUUACUCUUAUUACUGCACUUCCUCGAGAAAUGGAAGGCGACCCACGAUGGAAACCUACCGCUGAGUUAUAAAGACAAGUCAGCGUUCCGAGAGAUGGUUCGCGAUGGGGCGCGGACGAAUAACUCCACGGGAGGGGAAGAGAACUUCGACGAAGCAGUAGCUGCGGUUUUAAAAAGCAUAAAUCCGUGGUCGCUGAAAAGCAACGUCAGGGAAAUGUUUGACAUGGAGCAGUGUAACAACCUCAACCCAAAGUCCGACAAUUUCUGGAUCAUCGCAUCCGCCAUCAAGUCCUUCUACACUACCCAUGGCGUACUCCCACUCCCCGGCUCACUUCCAGAUAUGAAAGCCCAAUCGGCUGAUUACAUAUCUCUACAAAACAUCUACAAGUCAAAAGCACUCAAGGACCUUGAGGAAGUUGUCGGUAGCGUUCGAGCUCUUGAAGCCCAACUCAGGGGCGAAUCACCACAACCUCCGAUCCCAGAGAAGGAAAUAGAAACAUUCUGCAAGCAUGCUUCUAGUGUCAAGGUCAUCCGUGGCCGUGAUAUCCCCAUCCUCGACUCGAAUACGGACCCAAUCACCCUCAAAGCCAUCCGCCAAGCCUUCCAGCAUCCGGACUCUCUCAUGCCGAUUUUCCUCACCCUGCAAAUUCUCGACACCCUCGUCAGCGAGUACAGAGAAAAAGCCUCAGAACCGCAACCAGAACCCCCGUCAUCUUCAUCACCACCUUUCCUUGACCAGGCUGAUAACUGGGCUGGGGCACAAUCCAAACUCUUCGCACUCUUGGAGACGGAUGGUUACACGCUUGAUGACGAUGUCAAGCUUCGUAUCGCGAAGGCUAUGCAAGAGACGCAGCGCGCGGGUGUGGGAGAGCUGCAUAACAUUUCCUCGCUGACGGGUGGUAUGGUGGCGCAGGAGGCGCUGAAGGUGUUGACGAGACAGUACGUGCCACUGGAUAAUACAUGUAUCUUCGAUGGGAUUGGGAGUCGGGCGGAGAUGUUUAGGCUGUAA